AUGGCAGACGGACGCAACAAGCAAGACGUUGCUCAUGUUGCAACCACUGAUGCGCCUGUCGAGCAGCGUGACGAAGAUGGCGCGCUCGAAACUGGCCAUCACGAGCACAUCAAUCUGAACAAGAAUCUCUCUGCAAAGAUCAAGAAUCCUCUGGCAGACUUGACUCCUUCUCAGGUUAUUCGCGAGGUCGAGGACUUUGCGACUCAGCAUGACCUCGUCGACAUUCUCCCUGAGCUGAAGAAGGGCGCCCUCAUUGCGCGUGACCCCGAGCACUUUGAGACUGUCCCCGACAUGACCGAGGCGGAGCUCACUGCAAUCCGUAACGAAACCGAGCACAAAUGGCGCCAGCCUUUUGCCUUGUAUUUCACGAUCAUCCUCUGCUCGAUUGGCGCCGCCGUCCAGGGAUGGGACCAGACUGGUAGUAACGGGGCCAAUCUUUCUUUUCCUGUCGCUCUCGGUAUUCCUGACACGCAGACCCUUCCGGAUGGAACUCCCAACCCCGAUGCUGAGCUCAAUCAGUGGCUGGUUGGAGUUGUUAACGCAGGCCCGUACAUUGCCAGUGCGGCCCUUGGUUGCUGGUUAUCCGAUCCCGUCAAUUCGUUCAUUGGCCGUCGUGGCGCAAUCUUCAUCUCCGCAAUCUUCUGCGUGCUUUCCCCCAUUGGCAGCGCCGUGAGUCAGACUUGGCCCCAGUUGUUCGUCACUCGUCUGCUUCUUGGACUCGGCAUGGGCUUAAAGGCCUCGACCGUUCCCGUCUUCUGUGCCGAGAAUACUCCUGCUUCUAUUCGUGGAGGCUUGGUCAUGUGCUGGCAACUCUGGACUGCUUUUGGCAUCUUCCUCGGUUUCUCUGCAAACCUGGCUGUCAAGAAUACCGGUGAUAUCGCCUGGCGGUUGCAAUUCGGCUCUGCUUUCAUUCCUGCCGUUCCUCUGCUUGUUGGCGUGUAUUUCUGCCCCGAGUCGCCUCGUUGGUUCAUCAAGAAAGGAAACUUGAAGCGUGCUUUCAAGUCUCUCUGCCGACUGCGCAACAGCAAGCUGCAAGCUGCGCGCGACCUCUACUACAUAUAUGCGCAGAUCAAGGUGGAGCAGGAGAUCGCCGGCAAGGGCAACUAUCUUACUCGUUUCGUCGAGUUGUUCACCAUCCCGCGAGUCCGCCGCGCCACCCUCGCUUCGUUUGUCGUCAUGAUUGCUCAGCAGAUGUGUGGCAUCAACAUUGUGGCCUUUUACUCCUCGACAGUCUUUGUUAAUGCGGGUGCGAGCAAUACCGGAGCUCUUUUUGCCUCUUGGGGAUUCGGACUAGUCAAUUUCCUUUUUGCUUUCCCGGCCGUACUCACUAUCGACACCUUCGGACGUCGAAGCCUUCUUCUUUUCACUUUCCCUCAGAUGGCUUGGACUCUGCUCGCGGCCGCUUUCUGCUUUUACAUUCCCGAGUCAUCCAAAGCGCAUCUGGGAUGUAUCGCACUGUUCGUUUUCAUGUUCGCAGCAUUUUACUCUCCAGGAGAAGGACCGGUGCCGUUUACUUAUUCGGCAGAGGUUUUCCCUCUCUCCCAUCGUGAAGUUGGAAUGUCUUGGGCGGUCGCUACUUGCCUUGGCUGGGCCGCAGUUUUGUCAAUCACUUUCCCACGCAUGCUUCAUGUGAUGGGCCCCACCGGAGCAUUUUGCUUUUAUGCAGGUCUGAAUGUCACAGCUUUUGUCAUGAUCUUCCUCUGGGUUCCCGAAACCAAGCAACGCACUCUGGAAGAACUUGAUUAUAUCUUCGCGGUCCCCACCAGAAUGCACAUGCAUUACCAGUGCUUCAAGGUGCUCCCUUGGUGGAUCCAGCGUUACAUCUUCCGUCGCGACGUCAAGCUUGAGCCCUUGUACAAGUUCGACCUGGCCGCCCACGACGAGAAGGUGGCAAGCAGAGAGGGCAGUGGACAGAUCGUCUCACCCAACAGUGAGAUGUAA